AUGCUCGAGGCGGACGUCACACCCGGUGGAGAUGGCUCCCUGGAUUCGUCACUCAUUGAUCAAACUCUCAACAGUUCUAGUCUUCCUGUUAAUCAGAUCGAACUGAAAGAGGAGGAUACACCAGAGAGAAGAACGAGCACUGAGUCAGUGCUCGAUCGCUUAUCCAAAUUCCCUUAUCAAGUAUUUGUGUUAUCUGAAUACGGGAGGCCCAUCUUUGUUUCAUGUGGCCAAGAAGACCAGCUUUGUUCUUUAUUUGCACUUAUUGGCGUAUUCGUAUCGCGAGUUAAAGUCUGGGGAGAUCGCUUGCUACAGUUCUCGUCUGGCGAUGUGCACGUUCAGUUUUGUCAGCGAUCAUCGCUCAUACUGUGCAUAGGUUGGUUAUACUGAG